UUCAGGCGGACGUCGGCGCUCGCAGACUGGUCUUGAAGCUUGUCUGCUGUGGCCGAGGGGAAGAUGAGUGCAUCCGAUGUUUGUUUGGGCCGAGGAAGGAAGUUUCUUGGGGGAAAAUGAGAGGGCUAUAAUUAUCUCCAAAGGGCUUUUUUUUUUUCUUUUUUUCCGAUCGCACAGGGACGGUCGCGUUUGAAGAAGACGGCUCCACGGGUCGGGUGAAAACAUGGAGGACUGGUGUUGAGGACGUUACCGUGCCGUGUUUUGAAUUGGGCCUGGAUACAGUCCGUGGGCUCGUGCGCUUUCCGGCUCGCACAUCGAGCCUGUUUGGCUUAGUUCAGUCGAGCCAGUAGCCGUGUGCGUCUGGGGGACCGCCUGGAGCCGUCUCCACUCUUCCCGUUGAAAGGUUUAGGACAGCAGCAGCGAUGGGCGACAUUGACGCCGAGCAUCUGGAGCCGUUUCCGGUGGACCGAGACGGGAGACGGUGGAGGGGUCCAGCGGAGCAGCCUGACAGUGACAGGAAGCGGGGAUGUUGCGAGAGGUUCCAGGAGUCUGUCUCCAGGUGGAUGCUUCCAGAAGACUCGCGCAGCAAGUACCUGGAACGUGCCAACUGCUGCCCGCCCCCCAUCUUCAUCAUCCUCAUCAGUAUUGGAGAGCUGGCAGUGUUUAUCUACUACGCUGUGUGGAAGCCUCAGAAACAGUGGGUGACCCUGGAUGUCAGCAUCUGGAACAGCCCCCUGUCCUACAAGCCUGAGUCCAGGCAGGAAGCGUGGCGCUUCAUCUCCUACAUGUUUGUCCACGCCGGCGUGGAGCACAUUGUGGGCAACCUGGUGAUGCAGCUGCUGCUGGGUAUCCCUCUGGAACUGGUCCACAAAGGGUUCGAGGUGGCAAUGGUUUACCUUGCUGGCGUCCUGGCAGGCUCCUUGGCCAGCUCCAUCUUUGAUCCUCUCAGUGCGUUGGUGGGGGCCUCUGGGGGUGUUUACGCCCUAAUAGGAGGCUAUUUUAUGAACGCGGUGGUGAAUUUCCGAGAGAUGAUUCCUCUACUUGGAGUGUUUCGUAUCCUCGUCAUAAUGGUCGUUGUCGGCGUAGAUUUUGGAUUCGCCUUCUACAGAAGAUUUGUCAACGAUGAGGCUGGUUUGAAGGUGUCCUUUGUGGCUCAUUUUGGGGGAAUUGUGGCGGGGAUGACCAUCGGCUACGUCUUCUUCAGUGCUUACAACAAGAAGCUACUCAAGGACCCACGUUUCUGGCUGUGCAUAGUGGGCUACGUAGUGUUUGUGCUCUUUGCUGUGCUCUUCAACAUCUUUCUCUCACCAGCACCAUAGGACCAUAAAGCUGCAGCUCCACUGUUUUUUUCUUGUUUGUUUGUUUGUUUGUUUGUUUGUUUGUUUUUUAAACACUAAAAGCCUUAUUGUCACACUCAGGAAGCUCUAUUUUACUGAUUUACUACUGUGUUUCAGAGCAGUUGCUUUUCAGAGAUUUUGUGAAUGGAGUGUCAGUUUAUUUUUCUAUCAAAUUU